GAUACACGCGCAGUGUUGUUUGCCUCAUACUAUGGAAAUGUUACCGAAGUUGCUCGUUUUCAACGGGCAUCGAAGAAACUUGUAACACCAAGAUGCAAACGUCACGAAAUCAUUCGAACAAGAUAUCAGACGACAAAUGUGAGAUCGUGGAGAUCUGAAGAAGUUGCAAAACGGAGCUAUCACUGCGAGAAAGGGUUCGAGGGUUCUCGUAUCAGCCACUUACCGUCCCUUUCAUUGAUUUCUAAGACAUGAACACCGCGCGCAAAAACUCGGAGGUGUAACGUGAUUAUCUAACAAACUGAAAGACUAAUAUAAAAAGUGUACGUGUUUUAAUUGUAAAUUAAGAAGAUCAGAUUAACAGGAAUUUUCCUGCUGUGUAAGACAUUUUCGGUGGAUUGCCGGCUCGAGGUAGCUAUUAGUGGCUGGGGCAAUGCUACGUUAGUCGAAUACCACGAGAUUUUAAUUGAGUUAUGGUCAGUCGAAUUCUGUCGUGCAAGUGAUCCACUUCCCGACUGAAUGAAACUCUACUCGGGCACUGGUGUCGUUUUAACGAUCGUUUGCUAUCAAACCGAUCCUAGGACGCAUCCUGCUACAAAGUGAUAAGAAUAUGACGAGGAAUCGUACGUUUCACGCGUGAUGUUACGGUGUACGCGGUAAACAGCUGUUGUCAGAGUUUCUCCGGAGAACAUCGACAGCAGCUUCCUAAUUGAAAUUGCACGUCUAUCAUCGACGAUCGAACAAUUCGUUUGAUCCCAAGCGAAAUUGAUAAGCGGACGAUCGACAACCGAUGUUUCUGGUCCAAUGUGUUAAUCGUCGUUGAACGACACGCUCAGCAAAUCAAGUGAUGGAAAAACUAACUGUUAAAACGAACGUGCGGAAGGUGUUACGUUUCGCGGAAAUCUUCUAUUAACCAGAUGGUUUGUGGCAGUGCGAGGAGUCCCUCGUCGGAGGAGGAAAGCCAGUGGCUCGUUGGUAGCGGGGGUGGUCCCGCAUCUUCCAGCGGUGGUGCGGUAUCCGCAACUGGAGAACGCUCACUGACCAUUAGAGGAGGAUUAUACACCGAAGAAAUGACAACUCAACCGACGAACGCGAACGCGGCAGGUGCAAACGCGGCCUCAGCCGAUUCCGCUGAGCACGAUCUCAUUGACUCGACCGCCGAUGCGACACUUUUAGCACAAUUUCACGAGGAGGCUAUCAGUCAGGCUGGUGUUGGUUAUUUUCAAGUAUUGGCUGCUCUUUGCACUGGCUUGAGUCUUGCAGCAGAUACUGUUGAAUUUUUUGUUGUACCAUACAUUUUGCCAAGUGCAGAGGUUGAACUGUGCAUCGAGGACAAUGAAAAAGGAUGGCUCAGCAAUAUUACUUUAAUGGGUCUUGCAUUAGGAGGAUUGUUUUGGGGUGGCUUAGGAGACAGGAUUGGUAGACGCAGAUCUUUAUUGUCUGCAAUGUCUGUUCAUGCUUUAUUUAGUGGUGUAGCUACUUUCAUGCCAACAUAUGGAACAUUCAUGUGUGCUAGAUUUUGUUCUGCAAUUGGAGUAGGAGGAUCUUUACCAUUAGCAUUUGCAUAUCUCGCAGAAUGUUGUCCAAGAUUAAGCAGGAGCAGAUGGAUUGGUUUGUUAGUAGCAGCAGGAGCACUGGGAGGCGUAUAUGCAGCUCUUCUAGCGUGGGUGGUGGUUCCUACAACUGGAGAGAUGGUGGUCCUUGAAAACAAAGAACAUUUCAGUGCUUGGCACCGCUUCCUUUUACUUUGUUGGUUACCUGCAUUAUGCUCCACUGUUGGACUCAUUUUUCUACCAGAAAGUCCAAGAUAUUUGGUAGAGGCAGGCAGAGAUGUAGAAGCAAUGAUGGUUUAUCAGAAAAUAUACAAAAAGAAUAAUUCACGGAAAGGUGCAACAGGUGCACAAUAUCAACUUUCUGAAUUAGAGCUUCCAACCAAAAGGCCUCGUGGUUUGGCACCUCCAUCUCCUACUAAUCAUACUAGUGUUUUGGCUGACAUUAUUUAUUCUAUUGAAAUGUUUUGGAAUUCCUUCUUGGAAUUAUUUAUAUCGCCUCAUUUGCGCGUCACGGUCGUGCUUAUAAUUAUUUGGUCAACUGUAUCAUUUGGAUUAUAUGGCCUUAUGGUGUGGUGUCCUGAAUAUCUCAAACUUUUACGUGCUACGGAAUAUAAAACUCAUACUAAAUUGAUUUCUGGAGAAGAAUACAACGGGCAAACAUUCAACGGUUCUUUGGAAAAUUGUCAAUAUAAAGAUUCGAUAUUUUUAAACUGCAAAUUCACUAAAAUGGUAUUCAGUCACGUAGAUUUCGAUAAUUGUACUUUUCGAUCUGUAGAAUUCAGUAACAUAAAGUCUAGUAAAACUCAUUUUACAGAUAGUGUUAUUAUGCAUUCGAAAUUUGUAGAUACAGAUCUAUCCGCACAAGUCUUCACGAGAUGUAAGUUGCAAAAUAAUACAGAGUUAAGUUUAAGUGGACCGUGUCCGACUCUCGAUUUGGAUUAUAAUAUUUACAUAGAAGAAGCAUUACAUGGUCAUCUUGUUGCUCAAUUGGCAUUUGUGCCUGCUGCUGCUUUAGCAGGAUUAGCACUCGCCGUGCUGCAACGGCCAAAAGUGAUUGGUAUUUCUUUGUUUUUCUCGUCAAUAACUGCUCUGUGUUUAAUUCUGGUCGACACAAAUAGUUCUGCUGUACUUGGCUUCGAAGGUGGUUUUAUAGCAGUUUUUGCUAUUGCUUGGACGUCUCUUACCUUGGUUACAGUUGAGAGCUUCCCUACUCAUUUAAGGUGUACUGGUUUCGGUUUUGUAGCAGGCGUUAUAAGGUUAUGUGGUUUAAUAGGAACUACAACUUACAAAACCUUAGUUGGCGCACCUCUAGUUGCGCCUGCACUGUUAACUGCAUUACCCUUGUUAGUAGCUAGUGUUGCAACAUUCAAAUUGCCUCAUACACAUACAGUUUUCUUGUAAGAAUCGCAAGUAAGUGGUAAAAAAUGCAAAUGUCAUGCAAAAGACAUUUUUAAUUUAUAUUUUAAUGAGUCACUUGUGGAUUGACCUAAUAUUUUUAUUCAAUAUUCUCAGACGAUAUGAAAGAUCUCAUGUUACGUUAUGAAAUCUGAAACUUCGGUUUCAACUAGAAAUGUUUAAACGAAAAUUAUGUAAAGUGAAGUGUUUUAGACAAGUGCAAAUUUUAAAAUUUGCAAAUUUAACAACCAAUAUUCUUCUUUUGAAGUGUGACUUCGUACAAAGUGACAUAUCCUAAACUAGUAAAUAGAACGAUAAAUCGUGGUUUACAUAAAAAUUUGAUUAUUUAAAGCGCACAGAGGUUACAGAGAAGCCGUCUCGUACGCUAGGAUAUGGACUUUCUACAAGAUUUUAAUAAACGUGUUUUAAACGCUGACGAAGGCCAUUGUUAUAACAGAAAGAUCUUAGGAAAAAAAAAGAAAAGACAAAGGACGUGUGAAGAAUUAAUAUUUGACUCAUAUUACACGAAACCUCAUGUAAUACUUGUACUCCGAAAUUUCACUCCAUCUAACUUCAAGCCAUUAUAAAACUUAAAAAAAAAAAUCAUAAAAUACGCAAAUGUUUAUAAAGCUAUUUUAAUAGGGCAAUAGCCACGAAAUGUGUCAAUUUUGAUGGAUGUUAAGAUUAAAAGUUGUCAUCCACACUGAUGCGUCAACAUAUAACUAGAAAAUUGAACACUAAAAAAUUUUGCUUAUUAAAAUUGCAUAUGAAUAUUCAGGAUAGAAAAAUAUGGAAUGUUAUUGUUCAUAGUGCAUAGACUUUUCUUUUGUUUAUAGUUAGACUAGAGAGAUUAUGCAUGAUUCCAAAAUUACUACAUUCUAAGUAAUUCGAUUGAGAAAGUUUGCCAAGGACAGUAUCAUGGAAAUUUUUAUAUUUACGAUUGCUACAUACGCUUUUGCCAUUUGAGAAAUUAAAUAUAUAUGUAUACAUAUACAUAUAUAUCUUAAGGAGAUAGAUAAGAAACCUCGAAUCGAGUAAUAAUAAACUCUUUCUACAGUGAAAGGAAGGUAAUUGAGCAAGCAAAGACAUUAUUCGGUACUUUUGCUUUUUAACGAUCAACUAGCUUACAUUCACUUUAGACGCUAGACUCGGCUAAGAGGCAUUAUCCAUGUAACUCAUGUAAAUGCUGCCGUUCGAAUCUUAAAUUCUCUCAAACUGAAGACUUGGAACUCGAGAGAUAGAAGCUUAGCUUCAUUUAUUAUAAAUUCGAGAGAUUAUCGCCUCUAGUCAACUUUUAAUCAACUUUAAGCUUACAAAAUACGAAUGAACUAUAAAGAAAGGAAAUACGUCGAACUUUCUAACACUUGUAAACGAUGUAGAUCACAUUAUUUUCUACAAAAUAAUGAAUGUAAACUUAAUUACCAUCAUAAUUGUAAAGAUUACUAAUUGCAUUUUGGAAAUACUUGGCUAGAAUUUUAUUGUCAUCGCGGGAAAGAGGCCGUGACGACAUGCCAAAGUUGAAAAAUACAUUGGUUCCUCAGAACGGAUGACUAUUUUUAGGCAAUAAGAACGUAAAGUAAGUUUUACGAUAUGAUUAUCGACAUAUCUCAGUCUUAUUGAAACUUAAAAUACAUUACUAAGUAUUUAAGGAAGUUUAUUAGUGAGAUAAAGACAAAACUGCUGUUGGCAAACUUAAUCACAUAAAAAUCUACGUCCCAUCAUGGUUAGUGAAUUUUUCAUAUCAAAUUGUUGGUAUGUAAUUUAAAAAUACAAAAAAAGAAAAAAAUGAUGUUAAUGUUAUGAAUCAAGCGUUACGAUUAGCGCCAUUUAACAAGAAGUAGAAACGUGCGCGUGUUGAAAUUUUAUUGUUCGCACAAGUUUUCGUAUAAUAACCCUAUUUUUUAUCACGAGGCAACCACGUGAUGAUUUUAGUGUCUAAAAGAACUGCUGCUCGUUCCUACUUCCGCAAACUGUAUUUGUAAAUUUGACAAUGAUGUAAGCCUGUGCUGGCAUUGCAAGACAAGAAUAAUUACAAGAAUAAAUUAAUUUUCUUGUUUUGCUUGACAUGAUAGACUUGUACUCGCAGAAUUAAAUUUUUGUAACUUCUUUGAUUUUGGGACCAUAUAACAUCAUAGUUAAUAGAUUAUCAUAAAAGGUCUCCAACGAAGUUUUUAUUAAAAAAAAAAAAGCAAAUUGUCAGCACACGGAUUUCCACGUGAUUAAAUUGUACUACUAUACUAUCAAAUUCAUCGUCGCCCGUAGAUAAUAUAUUUUAAUCGACAUAUCACUUAUGAACGAGCACUUUAGAUUCGUAGGCUUUAAUUAGACUAUCGACUAAACGUAUGUAGAAUUAUGUACCAGGAAACGAUGAAUCAAAUCGGUAAAAUAGCGGUAUACAAGAAAACUACUAAAUAGUCACUAAAAGUUGAGGAUCUUUUGUUUAGCGAAUAUAAUUAAUUAUCAGUAUACGGAUUGAUUAUCAGCGGAUCGAACAAUGUAAUUAUGUUAGAUUAUAUUUUAACAUGAAAAAUACUCGUGAAAAUUACUCGAGUGAUAUUUAGUGCAAUGUUAUAUUGUUAAGUAUAAUUAUUUUAUUUUUAUCCUGAAGAACAAUUGCACGAAUAUAGACGAAUGUUUUCGUUUUGUUAUAUUGUGCACUGGUUUCAUGAAAAAAUAAUUAGUCAGAUAUUCAACUCUUGAAAUAUUGGAUUAUAUUAUGCAGAAAGAAUAUCAUGUCAUUGAUACAUAAUAAUGUUAUGUAUUCAGUAAUAUAUUUUAAACUAGAUAUUUAUCUCUUUGUUUUAUUUUAUAUGGACUGAAAAUAAGGAUCAGUUGAUAAUCACCGUAGCUUUUGCUUGUUUUUAUAACAGAGACUGUUUUUUUUUAAAUUUUUAAAUAUGUAAUAUUUAAUUAAUUAGAAAGACACGAGUAUGUCGUCCAGUGAUAGAAAGAACUUAAUUCUGGUUGCGCUUUCUACCAAGUAAUUUCUAUGAUAAUUUAAUAUCGUAAGCACUUGAUUAGUAAUUGCAAUUUUUAUUUUCACUUUUUAAAACUAAAAUGUUCUAAAUUACAAUAUUUAUGUAUAGCGUUUUCAAUGCAUGUAUGUUUGUUUUGAAUAACUUAUUAAUGUUUUCAUAAUUGGUUUGUUAGUCACAUGUGAAAAGUUUCGGUCAUUUCUGUGAAUGAAAGAUAAUAUUCAUCAAACUAUGCAACCAGUACUUAAAAAAAAGUAAACUACAAUACUAUUUGCUAAUACAUUGAAUCAUUAAGGAAUAUUAAUUUGAAAAAAGUAGCAAGAGUAUUACGCGUGUAGAACAUUCGUUCGAACACUCACGUAGAACAUUCAGUCGAUUUAUUAGAGACUGUUAAUUAUAAGAUAGACUCGGAAUAAUGAAGUAACUUCUCCCUUAAACAUUCGAACAAUUGCAUUAAAAAUUUAUUCGUUUUCGAUACUACAUUACAAUAACAGAAGUAAUGUUUUCUUUUCUUCGUACGAAAAAAUUUAGUACUUUAACUUUUUUGUAUACGAAAAAACUUCGACGUUUUAAAAAUCGAAAAGACCAUUUGCAUGAUUUUCUAAACAAUUUCUGAGAGCUUCGUUUUUUCGAAAGGUGACAAUGGCUGCGAUUUUUUAAAUAGCUUUUUUUUGAGGGACCCAAAGGAGCAGAAUGUAAAAGAAUAGGAUAACUCGGAUGCUUCGUAUAAGAUACGUAUGCGGAUGAUGAAUUGGUUAAUUGGUAUUACAGCAAUAUAUGUAUACGUAAAAAAAAAAAACAAUUGUUGAAACAGUCGCAAUUAUAGCUUUAAGUACAUAUAUAUUUAUCUUGCAAUACUUUUAGAACACUCAUUUUACGAUGGAAAUUUGUAUAUAAUUUGUAAGGAAAAAUCUACAUGCUCUUGCAAAUUUUAUGGCAAUAUGUAGUAAAUUGUAAUAUUAACUGUCAUAAUAAUUAUCAUUGUUAUCAAUGUCAUGUAUGGCUCAGUCGAUUCAAUUAUUGAAUUCAAUCUCUCAAAUCGACACAACUUGUAUAUCAUAAAAAAAAAAGACAUGAAGUUUUAAGAGAACUUCAAUAUUCUUUUUUAGAAUCAUUUAUAAUAGAAUCGUUUAAGAUUGUUUAAAGUAAAAUAAUAACGCAUAAAUGAAGUAUUUGUCGAAUCAUUACGAGCAGUCGCAAUUCGAAAGCCGAAUUGAAUACUAUAUAUAUAUAUAUAUUGUAUGUACUAUAUAUAUAUAUAUAUAUAUAUAUAUAUAUAUAUAUAUGUACCAUGUAUGUCCUUUAUUCCAGUGUAAUUCUACUACAAUUGAUCGCAACAUUCAAAAGUAGCAGGGACAUUCAAAUUCGUGAUAUACUGUAUUCGCUCAGCUUUUUAAGUUAGUAAAAAAUAUAUUUGAAGCG